UCAAAAUGUUCGGUUCAAUUUUAAAGUUGACCGAUGACUUCUUUGCUUAUAAUUUAAAAUAUUUGUUUCUUGUCGGAUUAUGGCCGGACGAUCCUUGGGCCAAAGCGCACCCAACUCUGUACAAAAUGUACGAAUAUACAACGCACGUACUGUCAAUCAUUUACAUGAUUGCUGGUGGCAUCGGGACCUAUCAAAUAAAGGAUGACGUGGUUGUGUUCAUGACCAAUUUAGACAAGACACUUGUAGCAUACAAUUUUGUCGGAAAAGUGGUUAUUUUCAUUUGCAAACGCAGGCAGGUUGAGAUUUUGAUUUCAAAGAUUAUUAAUUCAGGCGAUCAUUUAACAGAAGAGCGUAAAAAGAUGAUGUUGAUGAUGAUCAUAAUUGUAACUGGAUUAAGUACAUCUGUAGUUGGUGCGUUUAGUGCUUUAGCUUUGUAUCAUAACGAAAUGUCUGUAGAGGCUUGGAUGCCUUUCGAUCCGAUGGAAAGCAAGAUGAAUUUGCUGACGGCAACUCAACUGGUGGCCAUUACCAUCGUGGUGCCGGUGAUUUGGAGAGGUAUAGCUAUGCAAGGGAUAAUCUGUAGCUUGAUAAUGUACUUGUGCGACCAGCUGGUCGAAUUGCAAGAUAGGAUCAGGUCGCUGGAAUUCACUUCUAUGACUGAAAGAGCUGUGAGAGAGGAAUUUAAAGAUAUUGUAAAAAAACAUGUUCGGUUGAUGGGGUACACUCAAGAUAUGAAUACAAUUUUCGAAGAGUAUUUCUUGAUCCAGAACUUAGCGGUCACUUUAGAAUUAUGUCUCAAUGCUCUGAUGGCCACAGUGAUCGGAUUCGAGCAAAAAACUCUGUUGGCUACUUUCUUUGUCUUUUUGUGUGUCGCUUUGAUGAAUGCAUACAUUUAUUGCUAUUUGGGCAAUGAGUUGAUUAUUCAGAGUGGGAAUAUUGCAUUGGCGGCAUACGAAUCUUCGUGGAUAUCAUGGCCAUUGGACCUGCAGAAAGAUUUGUUGAUCCUCCUGAGAGUAGCCCAGAAACCGCUGUAUUUGAGUGCUGGAGGCAUAGUCGCCAUGUCUAUAGAGACUUACAGUCAGACGCUGUACAACGGGUACUCCAUUUUUGCCGUAUUAAACGACGUUGUCGCUUAAGCGAAUAAAAUAAUGUG